AUGCUAAAGCGGGCACAUCUCUUGGCUUCGUUUAGAGAAAGAAAAGAAACAAAGAAAUCAAGAUAGAAAUCACUUCGAACUCAAAUUUAUUGGCUUUGGCAUUUCUGAAUGAAAGCAAAUGCCAUGUAGAUUAUUAUAAAUAAAUAAAGCGUAACCAAAAUUAACGGUUAACUGUAACAAACAAAUACAAAAAUAUGAAAUCAUUUAGAAAAGAAUGAAAAUCCCCAAAAAGCAUUCGUGUGUGUAAAAAAGAGGCAAAAAGAUUUAAAACAAAAAAAUAUUUUGAAGUUUUAGUCUUAGCCUAUAGCUAACAAACGGUUGAAAAUGUUAAUGGCUUAGAUCUUAAUCGUGUUACCCAGUUAAUGUCUGAUGAUUUUAAGCAGCUCAAGCAAAUGAUCAUCAUUACCAUCAACCAAGCCAGUGUUACCGCGAUGAUGACGUUCCGUUUUAUAUAACAUCUCAGUUUUUUGUUUUUUUUGGGAAAUGAAAGUCAAGAAUUGUUUACAGUGUUCAUGUGAGCGAGUGAGUGUUCAUCGACAGCGGCAUCAGACCAGCUUCAUAUUCGCUAUUGUUGUGUGUACUUACUACUUAGUUACCAAAAGUUCGCCGGUACGGAAAUCUUGUCUUGACAAAAAUGAAGUGAAAUAAAAUUUUUCAAAUAACGGGAAAAUAUUUACUUAAUGAAGAAAAUUCCCAAACAUAACAACAAAAAUCCAUUAACAACCCUCCGGUGUCCAAAAUAAAUGUUAACUAAAUUGUAAAAUAUCCGCACAAAAGUAUUACAAAAUAAUAUUCUAAUUAAAAAACAACAAACAAAUGAUACGCAUAACACGUCUACAAAAUAAAUUAAAAUUUUUUGCGGAAAUAAAAAUUUUAUUUGAAAUACAAAUUUGUUAAUAAAAAGUAAUAAUUAAAAAUAAAUAUAUCAAAAAUACCAAUUAAUUUGUGUUGUAAUUCGCUGUGUGUACGUGUGUGUGUGUGAAAAAGCCUCAACGGUGGAUUUGGUAGUCAGUAUUAAUGCUCAGGCAAAGAGUGCGUGUGAAAAGUGAGAGUGACAGCAGCAGCUGCAACAACAACAACGUUUGUUUUGCCCCGAAAAAAUCCGGCGCGUCAGCUUCUUGAGGAGAAACAUGAAUUUUAUUGGUCGCCAUGAUCAUCUGGGCGGUUAUCGGCGUGUGAACACAACCACCUACGGCAUACCCCUGUUUCCAAAAAAUGAAACAACACCGACGUUUGUCAAAGAAAGUGUUUCGUGGAAGUGGCACAAGGGCUCGCGUGUCAGCACCAUCAAUGAUUGGCUGCAAAUAAAAAUUGGCGGCGAUCAGGAGGUCAAGAAGAAAAAACGAAGACAAAAAUUGAAUCGCAUUAAAUCAACGAAAUAUACAUUCAUCACAUUUCUGCCACAAAAUCUACUCGAGCAGUUUCGUCGAAUAGCAAAUUUCUAUUUUUUAGUUAUGACAAUUAUAUCAUUGCUAAUUGACAGUCCCGUAUCACCAAUGACAUCACUGCUUCCAUUGGUUUUCGUAAUUGCAGUGACGGCAGCUAAACAAGGCUAUGAAGAUAUUCUGCGCUAUAAGACCGAUAAUAUUGUCAAUUGUUCGCCAGUAACGGUGAUACGAGACGGCAUUGAACAACACAUAGAGUCCCAGUAUGUAGAACCAGGUGACCUGGUGGUGGUUGAGCGCGACUGUGAUGUACCCUGUGAUCUGGUGCUGAUACGUUCCUCAGAUCCACAUGGCAAAUGUUUUAUAACCACCGCCAAUUUGGAUGGAGAAUCAAAUUUGAAAACGCUCAUGGUGCCGCGUGAUCUGCCCAUGGUAGAUGUGGAUCAGCUACAUAAACUUGGUGUUAUUGAGUGUGAAAGCCCCAAGACUGAUUUAUAUAGUUUUAAUGGUAAAAUAGAAUUGGCUGGCCCUGAGGGCAAAGUGCUACCCUUGACGGCUGAAAAUGUGCUGUUACGUGGUUCCCGCGUGAAAAAUACAGAAUGUGUUAUUGGCUGUGCCGUAUACACGGGUAUGACCACCAAACUGCAGCUGAACUCCCGUCUGACCCGCAACAAAUCUGCCUCUAGUGAAAUGUAUAUCAAUCGCUUUUUGAUCUUCAUUUUAAUUGCCUUGAUUGUGAUUGUUACCGUCUUGUAUUUCCUGAAACGUUAUGAGGAAAUGUUUGUCAUACCCAAACUGGCAUAUUUGGGUCCGCCAGCCGAUAGCUAUAGUGUAAAGCAGUUUCUGCAGGAUUAUCUAUCAUUUUUGAUCCUCUUCAAUUAUUUGAUACCCAUUUCGUUGUAUGUCACCAUUGAAAUGCAUCGGGUUUUGGGUGGCCUCUUCAUGGAAUGGGAUACCCAGCUGUAUGAUGAGAAUACCGAUCAGCCGUGCAUUGUGAAUACCUCAAAUUUAAAUGAAGAAUUGGGUCAAAUUAAUAUUCUGUUUUCGGAUAAAACGGGUACUUUGACGAAAAACGAAAUGAUCUUUCAACAGUGUUCGAUAGCGGGAAGGAAAUUUAUCUACAAAAAGACCCGGCUGCAGGAGGAGAAUUCAUCAUAUCAGAUUGAUAUUAAUAAAUUUAAUAAAGAUCAGAAAAACUUCUUCCAGGCCCUGGCCAUUUGUCACACCGUACAGGUGGCUGGUGACAUGAACAGCAAUGGUUCCUCAGAGGAAACGGAGAAAUCCAAACCCCUGGAAAGUGAAACAAAAACCCCUACGGCCCCCAUAGCCCCUUCCCUGGCCAACAAAUAUUCCAUAUCUGACAUUACCGAAGAAAGUCACAAUUCUAGUCAACAAAGUGAUGUAAAUGCAAUGGAGACCUCACUGUCCACAGAUCCCAAUGGUGCCCCAGCAGCAGCAGUGAUAUCUACACCAAUUAACCCUCAGACCACAUCUGAUGUCAACCCCUUACUGGAUGAUGGCGAAAAGGUUGAGAGACGCAAACGGCCACACAUUGUUAAGCGUAGUCCAAAUUUUGCCCGGGCCACACACACCAGGGUACAUCCAAUGUCGGUGCCACCCCAGGGUUUUGAAAUGGUCAAUGGCGUGGGUGUGGGCGAGAGGCCAGUUAUGUUUCCAACAUCGCUACAAACCAUUCCAACGGGACGUCCAUUGUCAAUGCAAUUUAAACGUUCUACCUCAGAAAUGGAUCUGCCCGAAUAUGGUGGUGUUGGUAAUGGUGCUGGGCCCGGUGCUAAGGCAAUUGGUGGUGGUCUUGGUCACAGGCGUUCACAAUCAUACGGAGCACCGGAGGCGUAUAUAACACAACCAGUAUCUCCUGGUGUUGUUUAUCGUACACCCAGUACAGCAUCCCGUGAAUCGUAUGCAGCCCCUAAUUUCCAACGUCAACCCACAAUUCUGAUUAGAGCAGAGUCACAAAGGCGGAAGAAUGAAAUAGAACAAGUUGUGCACACCCUAGAUUAUCAGGCCUCCAGUCCCGAUGAGAAGGCCCUCGUUGAGGCCUGUGCCCAUUUGGGUCUAGUUUAUUUGGGUGAUGAUGAUGAAAUCCUGAAAAUACGUGUUGUACCACCCCAUAUGGACUACAGUCGCCCCUUUAGCGUGGGCAAAGUCAAUGAAAUGAACUUUGAUCGUUUGCAUGUCCUGGAAUUCACCUCGGAUCGUAAACGAAUGAGUGUCAUUAUUAAAGAUGAGAAUAAUGUCAAAUGGAUCUAUACCAAGGGUGCUGAGAGCUAUGUUUUCCCUCUGUGCAAUAAUCAAUCGGCCGAUAUGGUAACCAAGACUGAUGCUCAUAUAAGUGAUUUCGCGCGAUUGGGUUUGAGAACAUUGGCAAUUGCCCGCCGGCGAAUUGAUGAUGAGGAAUAUAACCAAUUUAUCGAAGAGCUAAAUGAGGCCAAUAGUUCUUUGGAGAAUCGCAAGGAGUUGAGCGAGAAAUGCUAUUCGAAAAUUGAAAAUAAUUUGGAUCUAUUGGGCGCCACCGCCGUUGAAGAUGCCCUGCAAGACGAUGUGGCCGACACUUUAAUAUCCCUGCAAAGUGCUGGCAUUAAAAUUUGGGUCCUGACGGGAGACAAAGUGGAGACCGCUUUAAAUAUUGCCCUUUCCUGUGGUCACAUCCCACAAAAUGCUUUCAAAUAUUUCAUCAUCGAUUGUUCGCGCAAAGAGGAUAUGCUGUUGCAUUUAAAUGCUCUGGAUCGGGAAAUUCUCUUUGGCAUGGGUCGUCAAUGUGCUCUGCUAAUCGAUGGUAAAAGUUUGACAGUGGCCCUCAGCGAAACGCCAAAUGAAUUCCGAGAUGUGGCCAUCAAGUGUACGGCCGUAUUGUGUUGUCGUCUUAGUCCGCUGCAAAAGAGUGAAGUUGUGUCCCUUAUCAAGACGGCGAAGGAAAAUUUCAAUACCGCUGCUAUAGGCGAUGGGGCCAAUGAUGUUAGUAUGAUUCAGGAGGCCCAUGUUGGUAUUGGUAUUAUGGGUAAGGAGGGUCGCCAGGCGGCGCGAUGUGCAGAUUUUGCAUUUGCCAAAUUUAAUAUGCUGAAACGUCUACUGCUGGUGCAUGGUCAUUAUCAUACGACGCGUCUGUCUUUGCUGGUGCUGUACUUUUUCUACAAGAAUAUCUUCUUUAUGGGUAUUAUGUUCCUAUUCCAAUUCCAUACACUAUUUUCAUCGUCAUCGGUAUACGAUUCAUUAUUCCUGACGCUAUACAAUGUGAUAUAUACAUCGCUGCCGAUCUUCUUUAUAUCGCUAACGGAGAAGCCCUACACAGAGGAGACAUUGAUGAGGGAACCUGAGCUGUAUAAGAAAAACACCGGCAAUAAACAAUUACAUUGGCCCUUCUUCUUGGCCUGGACCCUGUAUGCUGUCUAUCAUUCCCUGAUCUGUUUCUAUUUUGCCUUCUUCAUAUUCUCCACGAAUGAUGUCAUCUUAAAUGUGGGACAAACGGCAGAGUUCUCAUGUUUCGGAACAUUGCUCAUACAACUGGUGGUGAUUGUGGGCAAUUUGAAAUUAUGGCUAGAAUCGAAAUAUCUAAGCUAUUGGUAUAUUGUCACAAUAAUUGGUUCCAUACUGGCCUUUAUGAUAACCACCGUCAUAUACAAUGUGAUUAAUUUCCAAUAUGACACAGACAUCUAUUGGGCCUACAACAAACUGCUCAGCUCCAUACCCGUAUGGCUGUUCACCCUGCUGACGACGGUGGCCUGUCUACUGCCUGACUUCACAUUCCGCAUGGCCAAACGAGGCUUGAAUUUACCUCAACGUAGUUUCUUCCCGGGCAAAGAACGUUUGCGUUUACUGCAAAUGAAUCGCAAUAAAGUCCAAUCAACGCAUUUAUAGUUCCAUUACAGCCCCCGCCCCAGGAUCACUUGCGAACGACAGUUAAAGUUAUUUAGUCCCUUCCCCGAUUUCCCCCCGGAAAUCCAAUGAACUUUAACUGCUUAAGAAAAUCUUAAAAAGUAUUGAAUUUUUAUUUUUUGUUAUUUAUGUUUAAAACUUUGUUUCUUAAGACGACUAUUUUUUUGUUGUUGUAAGCAUUGUAAAUUAUAAGUUUAAAUUGAAUUGUUUUAACAAUAUUGUCCAGUGCCAAAAAUAGUUUAUAAGUUGUAAUGUUAAGCUAUUAUUUAUUUUAUACCAUGACACAAAUAAGCAACAAUACCAGUAAAAGUGAAAUAUGUAAAUAAUUUAAAUAUU